CGUCAAUCACUCACUCGCCCAAUUUCCCCCCUUUCACGGGGUUACCGGCGGACAGCUUCUCUAUGCAGCAAACGCCGGCCAGCGACCACUCAAACAAACCUGUCUUCCGCUCGCCGAUCCGAUUCCACCCCGGCCUCUCCCCCGUCCUGCUCCGGUCCGGCCUUGCUCCGGUUUCGGUUCCGGCUCCGGCCCCGGUCCCGAGUCCGAUCCAAUCCCGACAUCACUGACCCUCCGGAAGUUGAACUAACACAAACACGGACACACACAAACACACGCCGAGAAUCACGCACGCACCAUGGCCGACCCGUCCACGGCACCCCCGCUGACCCGCGCCUCGGUGGAGGCCGCCCACAAGCUGAUCGAGCCUUACAUCCACAAGACCCCGGUGCUGACCAACUCCACGCUCGACCGGUUGGCCUCGACGCCCCGGACCGAGGCUGAGCUCGCCGGCACCGUGUGGGCCGGCCGCACCCCGGCCAAGCCGGUUCUGCGGUUCUGGUUCAAGUGCGAAAACUUCCAGAGGGUCGGCGCCUUCAAGGCCCGGGGCGCCUUCCACGCCAUUGAGCGGCUCAAGCAGGAGCCCGGCUGGGCCGAGGCGGGCGGGCGCGAGAAGGGGGUCGUGACGCACAGCUCUGGCAACCACGCCCAGGCCCUCUCCCUGGCCGCGCGCGAAUCCGGCAUCACCGCCCACAUCGUCAUGCCGUCGACCUCGGCGGCGCCCAAGAUCGCCGCCACGCGCGGCUACGGCGCCUCCGUCACCUUCUCGGGCCCCACCGCCCCGGAGCGCGAGGCCGCCGCCGCCGCCGUCAUCGCCCGCACCGGCGCCCGCCUCGUCCCGCCCUACGAC